ACGUACACACGGUUUUAGUUCGGCUACACACCCUUAAUCGUCGCAACCUCAAGACAGCUGUGCAACCAUGAGCAGAUUCAAGACCAUCGCUCCACAAGAUCGUCCCACCUUCAAGGUGGCCUUUUUGUACCGCUCUCACGGGCUCAUCUCCCGGGAGACCUUUAUUGCCUUCCAGAAAACUUACGAUGAGAUUGUCAACUGUAUUGUUACUUGCCAAGAUGAAGACGAGCUUUGGAAGUUUGUGCGAAGCAUGUUCAAUUUCGACGACUACGCUGACACAGUUCCAAUUAACGCAGCCAACCUUUCCAUCACCUUCGAUGCAGUUCAACGUCUCAUGAACGCCAUGGCGUUGGAUUGGAACCGAGAUAUUUCCAUCCAGAAGAGGAUCCAGCCUUUUGUGUAUACCAUCCAAGCGGCGAGAGCCCUCGUAGCCAAGCAGUUAAAUGUGGAGCCAAAACUCAUCGCAUUCAUGAGGAAUGGUUCCGACCCUAACGCUGUCAUCAACAACGGAAUGGAUUUUGAACCCGGCGAUGAGGUCGUGGUAUGGAACGAGAAUCAUCCAACAAAUGGUGAUGUAGCGUGGAAGAUUCGCAAAGCACGCUUCCCUAACAUCAACAUUGUCAUAGUCGACUUAGAUGGGGAGACAAAUGAGGAAAAGAUUAUUCACAAGUUCGUAUCCAAAGUGAACAAAAGCACUCGUAUUGUGGCGUUCAGCGAGGUGUCUCACUUGAGCGGCAUGCGCCUACCAGCCAAACUUCUGAUCGAAAAAAUCCACAAGAAGAACAGGAAAGUUCAUGUUCAUUUGGAUGGCGCUCAAAGCUGGGGAGCAUUCAAGCACGACCUCAAAGAAAUCAACUGUGACAGCUACAGCGGAGGGAGUCACAAGUGGUUCCUUGGUCCCAAAGAGACGGGUAUUUUGUACAUGAAGGAAGAAAGUGUGCCAAAUUUCUGGCCCAAAGAUAUUGGGUACAAUGGCGAGAUGAAGCCUCCACCUACCCUCCCGGAUGACUCACUACCACAUGAUGCGUCCAGGUUUGAGAUGGUUGGCCAACGGAACGAUACCAACCUUAUUGGGCUGCUGUAUACUGCGGAUCUGAUGGACUUGAUCGGCUUCGACAGAAUCGAGGAGAGAAUCAAGGCGUUGACCACGCGGCUGAGGGACGGCUUGGACAAGGUGGCGCGCGAACUCGACAAUGUGUUCGUGAUAGAAACUCCGCCGGAAUUGAGCCAGUACCACGGUAUCCUGACCAUCAAGUUUCAAGACGAUCGCGGAACUGGAAAAGGACACAGGCGCAAACAUAAAGGAAAGAAUCAAGAAGAAGCAGAGCCACAAUUGAGCGAAAUGUUGUACGACGCGUUGUAUGAAGAUCACAACAUCGGGGUGUCAACCAAGAAAGGAAAUCGAAUGAGGUUCUCCCCGCAUAUUUACAACACGGAGGAGCACAUCGACCGGGCAGUCGAAGCUGUUCGGUAUGAGCUGAGUAAAGUCCUAGAGAAGUAAGGCUUAGUUUAAAAGUACUUCAGCAGCUACUUUGAUGUUUUUUAUCAUCACUUUCAAGAAGAGAUGAUCCAAUUUACGAACUAAAGCUAGUGAUAACAGUCUUUUUUUUUAAACCGGACCUAACGUGUUAAUGAAAGUAAACGUGCACGAACUCCGAAUUCGUUUUCAGUAGUACUCAUCAGUUGUGAACUGAACGUCCUUUCCACAUAAAUACUUUAGUAAAAUUACGAUUUGACUUGUACUACAACAACUGUUGAUCAAUAAACUCAGUAACAAUG